GUGAGUGAGUGAGUGGGUCAAGGCUAGACGGAACGAAGGAAAGAAGGAGGGGCGCCCCCAAUAACGGCUGGUCUAUUGACAGUCAUCCGAGGCUUUUUCCCCACCUUUCCCCCUUUCUCUUCUCGUGACCCCCCCAAAGUUAGGCGCAUUGCCCCCCACGUUUUUAUUCCUCCUCCAGGAAAAGUGUUCAUAAAGAGGGGAAGGGCGUCCACGGAUUGCCCUUUCUGGCACUUGAUCUCGAUCGAGGCGUAAAGACUCUCAUUCAUCCAUCUGGUGAAUUAUUACAUAUCCAGAUACGCAAGAACAGACUGGCGAGCUAUCCACAACCAGCUCGCUUACAACUCGCACAACCCACCCAAAAAAAUGCCCCUCGAAAUCGACCCCCUCCCCCACUCCUCCACCGUCACUCAGACAGACACAUACAACACAGACUACGAUUACACCGACAACCCCACCGACGAUGCAGGCGGCGGCGCGUAUGAUUAUGAGCGCGGGUCCCCGAGGGCUAUGCGGAGGCCCGGGGGGAGGGGGCCCGGCGGGUGGAGUGCCGGAGGUGCGGGAGGAGGGGAGGGGUGGGAUAAUUCUCGAGGUGGGUUGUUGAGUUCGAGGGGUGGUGGUGGCGUUGCGAGUGAACAGGGGGUGAAGAUUGCGAGCGAAACGAGGUCCACGUCCAGGGUUGUUUCGACCUGUGAGCGCAACAGCGAGCGCGAAAGCUACUCAUUCGUAGACUCAACCAGCUACAACGACCUCCCCACCUCCUCUCCCGAAUUCGCGCUCUCUCCUCCCCACCACCACGACACCUCCUCCAUCCCCGUCCCGGACUCCACCCAACCCACCGAUUCCCUCGCCCCGCCCCCCUCAACAACCCCGCGCCGCGCCUCCCUCAUUCCCGAAAGCGCCGUCGAGGCCAACACCACUGAGUUGGAAGACUACGCGGACGCCAGUGGUGGAGGCGACAGGACCCCGAGGAGAGUCUCCGUAGCCGCCGGGUGGGCCGCCGCACUCCCCCACCCACAACCGCAACAAGCGCAAAGGAGCGAGAAUCCGACCGUGAACCCAACCGCAGGCGUCGGGGUGACACCCAGACGCAAAUCCAUGGUGGACACCCUCACUUCCUCCGCCUCCUCGAUCGCUCUCAUCAACUCCCCGAACCAGAGGGUGUCCCGCUCACCCUCCCCAACCACCUCCCACUCCGCCUCCCUCUCCGACUCGGACUCGGAUGCGGACUCGGACUCGGACUCGGACUCUGGCGAUGAUGAGGAUUACGCGCCGGGAACGAUCGCGGCGAGGAGGGCGUCACGGGUGUUUGAGGAGGGGGCGCAUCAGAUGGGUGAUUCGGGGGUGGAUGUGGGGCGGAAAGGUGACGGGAUGUUUGGGAGGGAGGACGGGGUGGUGUAUGCGAGGGAAGGGGAGGGGGAUCCCGAGGUGUUGGGGGAGAUGAUUGUUGGGGAGAGGGUUCGGGUGCGGGUUUGCUGAUUAAUGUGAGAGGGGCGUUUCGGAUUGGGGUGAAUUGGUUUGGGAAAGGGAAGAGGGUCAUUUCUGACUCGGGGGAUUUUUUUGGGUGCGGAGGGAGUUUUGGAGGCGGGGAAAAAUAAGAGAGUUGUGGGAAGCGCUUUUCUGUUCCCAUUCUUCCUAUCCACCGGGCUAGUUCCCGAUAUUCCUUCUUAUACUGCAAUUUUAUGUGUGAUUUCUGAAGCCAUUCCUUCGACACUCAUGAAUACCGGCAAGCA